UCUCAGCAGCAUGGCAGCAUUAGGACUCCUAUGGCUUCUGAGCUCCAUAGCAUCCAUCCUUGUCAACUGUGAAGAUGCAACAUCUGAACACAAAAAGAUCUACCCAGCAAAGAUAUUUGGACCAUCUAGCGUGACUGAAGGGGUAAACAUCCAUUUUAAAUGCAGCACUACUGGCAUCAGAGGACAUGAGGACAAGUUACAUUUUUACCUUUGCAAGAAUGGAGUUGGGAUAAGAAUUGCACUGCCGGAGAAAGAUAAAGAUGACGCUAUUUUCGACAUGAAGAAUGUCACAAGAGAAGACUCGGGCAACUACAGCUGUGUGUACACCAGAGAUAAACUUGUACCCAGUCACUUGGAGUCAACAGGGGAGAAUUUGGUUGUCUUUCAGGUUGAUGGAGAACAGAAAGAGGGAGGACAAGGGAGAGCAAGACUGGCAGCAGCUUUGGUCCUGUUUCUGACGCUGUCUGUACUGCUGUUAGUGUGGAGGUACUGGGGAAUCCUGAAACAAAUGAUAAGCAUUGACCAUCAACCAAGUGAGAAUCAGGAUACGGAUCAAACAUACAGUCUAAUCUCAGUUGUACCAGUCGCAACUGGUGUAAUUGAGGACCGCUUUGAUGGUGAUGAAGGACACUAUUCUAUGAUAGGUGACUGGAGAGGGCUGGAAUCGUCAGGGAGACUACGAAAGAAUCCUGAGCCCUUGGGUUCGCAAGGUGUGUCAGGAGGAAUGGGAUCGCUGGCUCAUCACUCUCCAACUGAUCCUACAGGAGAUGAGGCUCUGUACAGUGUAAUAACUAGAGUGAAAAGACCAGAAGAGCAGGGUGAAACUGCCAUCUAUGCCAAAGUGAAAACAAAGAAGGAGAAAGAAAAACAGGACCCUGUUUACAGUCUGUCAUUACAAAUACAGUAGUGCUAUACAGUAGUGCUAUACAGUAGUGCUAUACAGUAGUGCUAUACAGUAGUGCUAUACAGUAGUGCUAUACAGUAGUAUAUGACAUGCGAAAUGACAUGACAGAACAUGUGGUUUAUCUGCCCUUUUGGUCAUAGAAGUAUGGGGAUAUUACUACUGUACACCUAGGUGUAUGCUAAGAUGUGUUUUUUAAAAUACUGCUUUGGUUUUGAACAUAUUACUCUUUGAUGCAGUCUGCAGUCUGGGUGCUAUCUUUGAGCCAAGCAAAGAUGUAGAUGACAUUAUUCCACCUUUUAUUCAAUAAAAACAAACCAAGCUUGAAAUGAAAGCGAUAUAAAUUCAAACAAAGUGUUAGACAAUGUUUUCCACAUGCUUGUUAUGCCAACAUGGAAGUAUGAAUUAAGACACACAAAUGAAUGAUAAGACAAGACCGAGACAUGCAUAGAGAAAGAGAUGUGGACAAAGGAGAAUAUGUGGCAGGCUAAUGUGGUUACAGUGUUUCUAUAGAAAGCUCAGUCUAAUGGGAGAG